AUGGCUUUCCUUUUUGGCCGUGGCCGGUCGCGGCAGCCUGCAGACAUUGCCCGCGCAACAAAAGAAUUGCUAUUAAGGAUCCAUGAGACACCCAGCUCAAAGACCGAAGAAGACCUCGCCAAACAAUUAAGCCAGAUGAAGGUCAUUGUUCAAGGGACACAAGAGGUCAACACAUCACCCGAGCAGGUUCAUGCCCUAGUUCAGGCAACACUACAGGAGGAUCUUUUAUAUGAACUUUCCCAUUCGAUCCACCUACUCCCGUUCGAAGCUCGCAAAGACACCCAAACUAUCUUCUCCCAUAUCCUACGAUUCCGCCCAACAUCAUACGCGGCCGAUAAAGACCCUCCCGUGAUAUCAUAUAUUGUGCACCACCGACCAGAGAUCCUUGUUGAACUAUGCCGCGGGUAUCUUCAGAGCCAGAGUGCCAUGCCGUGUGGCGUAAUCUUAAGGGAGGCUUUGAAAUUUGAUGUUGUGGCUGCGGUCAUUCUUUAUGAUCAAUCCAAGGAUGGUGAGCCCGCCGUGCGACUAUCCGAGCUGAAACCAAACCUUCCACAACGCGGCGAUGGGAUAUUUUGGCACUUCUUUGACUGGAUUGAUAAGAGCAACUUUGAAGUGAGCGCAGACGCGUUCACCACCUUUCGAGAAAUAUUGACACGGCAUAAGAGCUUAAUAACGGCAUAUCUUGCGACAAACUUUGAACUGUUCUUUGGUCGAUUCAAUGAAAUUCUAGUGCAAUCCGAGUCGUACGUCACCAAGCGACAAAGUAUUAAGCUUCUCGGCGAGAUCUUACUAGACCGAGCGAACUACAAUGUGAUGAUGGCUUAUGUGGAAAGCGGAGAGAACCUCAAACUUUGCAUGAAGCUUCUCCGAGACGAUCGCAAGAUGGUGCAAUAUGAAGGAUUUCACGUCUUCAAGGUCUUCGUGGCGAAUCCAAACAAGUCUGUAGCCGUGCAGCGGAUUCUGAUCAACAACCGCGAUCGACUUCUCAGGUUUUUGCCGAAGUUCUUGGAAGAUCGCACCGAUGAUGAUCAAUUUACAGAUGAGAAGAGCUUCCUCGUACGGCAGAUUGAGCUGUUACCAAAGGAGCCCAUUGAUCGGAACAGGCCAGCUCGGGACGGACACUCUGCCAACACGGCUACAGUGGCCUAA